AUGGUCCGGAAACAGACUACUAUGAAGAAGAAACCCAGUGGUGGUGGUGGGCCGACGACAUCACCAUCACCACUCGCCGCCACGACAACAACGUCAAGGAACGCCGACGAUGCGCCGCCUUCGCCUCUGCCGUCGCUCAGCAUACCCCAGCAGCAGCGUCUUCUCAACCACUUUGCCGCCGCCUUUGCCUCUGCGCUCAGCGACGCCAACCUCCCGCAGCGGCUGCAGGCCAUCAAGCAGGCGCUCUACCGGCGCGACUUUGCCGCCGCCUUUGGCCGCGAGGACCAUCUCGCCGCCUACGCCGCGCGCUGGAGCCCGACGCGGGCGCUCUGCUACGCGGCCGUUUUCCAGCACCACCUCGCGCCUCAUCUUGACAGCAGCAGCAGCACCUCAUCGUCGUCAUUGUCCCAAUCAUCAGCCGCCACCACCACCAAGAUGAUCUGCGUGGGCGGAUGCGCCGCCGAGCACGUCGCCUUUGCCAGCUACCUCGCGCAUCAUCAUCAUCAUCAGCAGCAGCAGCAGCAGCAACACCCAGCGCGCGGCUCGCUCACGCUCCUCGACUCUGCGCCAUGGGCCGGCGUUGCCUCCACGAUGCAGGCCACGCUAACGACACCUCUUCCGCUUUCCAAGCACGCAUCCGCCGCUGCCGCCAACGCGCCGCCGCUGCUGUCCACGCCAGCGCAUCUACGGCUGCGCGUGCUACAGCAGGACGCGCUGGAGCUGACGGAGACGCAAUGGGCCGACGUCAUGACCGCCAACGACGACGAGGACGCCGCCGCCGCCGCCGUCGUCGUCGUCACGCUGCUGUUCACCCUGAAUGAGCUGUACACGAGCGGCGGCGUAGGCAAGACGACGCGGUUUCUCGGAGCGCUCGAGGCGGCGCUGCCGGACGGCGCGCUGCUGCUGGUCGUCGACAGCCCCGGGAGCUACUCCGAGGCCGCGGUGGGAAAGGAUAGGAAAAAGUACCCGAUGCAGUGGCUACUGCACCAUACGCUGACGGGGCGGGCGGGCGCGAGGGAACGGGAGUGGACGAGGCUGGAGUCGCACGACUCGCUAUGGUUCCGCCUCUCGGAUCAGUUGACGUACCCAAUUCAGUUGGAAAAUAUGCGAUAUCAGUUGCACUUGUAUAGGAUAGACAGGAAGUCGCCCACAUAA